UAUAUAUAUAUUGUCAUAGAUUAAAAUAAAUAAAAAAGCAAACAAAAGCAUCAAUGGAACCCUCACAUGAUGAGAAGGAAGCGGCUGAGGUUCUGCUUUCCUUCAAGGAAGCUGAGGAUCUUCUUUACUUUAAGCACGAAAAGCUUGACCCCAUAACUGCUGCUGCUUUGGAAGCAACAAAAAGCAGCAAAAUUCUUCAAGGUUUGGCUGGCAGUAACCACCGCGUGUCACGGCAGCAGGCAAAGCCACAGCCACAGCCACGACCACGGCCACAGAAACCUGCAGCAAAGCCACAGCCACGACCACGACCACUGCUAGAGAAACCUGCAGCAGCCACGUUGUUUGAUACCUAUGAGCCGCCUGAAAUUCCUCCAGUUGUGGGUCUCGACGGGCUCAUAGGGAAGUGCAGCAAGCCCUUCGAGAAGCAGCUGACUUCAAGCGACGUAAGACCUGAUCAAAGCAGGCUAACUAUGAACAAAGCAGACGUUGUUAGGUGUCUCUUGCCAUUGUUGAACAGAGAAGAAGAGAAUCCCUGUCAAGGCAUUAAAGUGAAAACGUAUGACAUGCAAGGGAAUGAGUAUGACAUGGCGUUCAAGCUUUGGGCUUCAAAGGUUUAUGUUCUAACAACAGGGUGGAAAAAUUUCUUCAUGAAGCAUGGUUUAAUAGAGAAUGAAGAUUUUGUUACCAUAUGGAUGUUUCGUAAUUUCCGGACGGACAAGCUUUGCUUUGUUAUUAGUUCUCGAAGAUUGCCAAUUUACGAGCCCAUCAAAAGAAGAAGAGGUAGCCAAAUUUGAU